GCUAUGGCAUUCCUGCAGGGGUGUUGUCGCUUCUUCAACAAGAUCGCUCCAUUCACUAUUCGGUGAUGCCUCAUGGGCGCAGUGGACGUUCCUCCGUCAGUGGCAUUGUGGCCACAGUCUUUGGGGCCACAGGAUUUCUGGGCCGAUAUAUUGUUAACCACCUAGGCCGUAUCGGUUCCCAAGUCGUCAUCCCGUACCGCUGUGACGAGUACGAUCUCCUGUACCUUCGGCCCAUGGGGGACCUAGGACAGCUUAUUUUUAUGGAAUGGGAUGCGCGCGACAAGGAUUCUACCUGGAGAGCUGUCGAAAAUAGCCACGUGGUAAUCAACCUUGUCGGAAGAGACUGGGAAACCAGUCGUGUCCAGGCAGAAGGAGAAAAAGUUGUCAGGGCGGAAUUUCCAGAUGCCAUCAUUAUGAAGCCUUCUGAUAUAUACGGGAGAGAAGACAGGUUCUUAAACUAUUACGCCGGGUUGCGACGGUUUGGCGGAGUACCCAUUGUUGGUUUUGGCAAGAAAACUGUGAAGCAGCCUGUCUACGUGGUUGAUGUAGCCCGGGCAGUAAUGAAUGCUAUCAAGGACCCUGAUUCUAAAGGAAAAACAUAUGCACUGGUUGGCCCUCACAGGUACUUCUUGUAUGACAUGAUCAAGUUCCUGUACUCGGUCAUGCACAGACCCUUCCUCACGUACCCCCUGCCUCGUCCCCUCUUCCUUUUCAUUGCGAGAUUUUUUGAGAUGACUCCAUUUGAGCCCUCGAUCACAAGAGACAAAGUGGAUCGGGUGAGUGCAGAGCUGCAAAACAUUUCUACUUUUUCG